ACACGAGGGACAAGGCAAGGGGGAACAGUGGAACACCGCACCCGUUGUUGCGAUGCUAAGCUUUGCACUGACACAACAUCUUUCUCUUCUUCGAAGUUGUAUUGUAUCUGUUCACGACGCUCUUCUCGCACAUUCUUUCGCUCCUCUCUCUUUUACCGUCUCUGUACUUGCUUUCUCUCUGACUUUACCUCGCUCGCUUUUCACAUCUAAUAAGCACAGUAAGAGUUGAAGAAAGACAGUAAUUUCAAUGUACUUGAGGAGAAUACAAUGCAGAGAUCGGACAUGGGCUUUGGUGUUGCAGCCAUCGAAAUACUUCUUUAGGCCAAGAUUCUCUGAUCAACGAUAUUUUCAAUCUUUGUCCCCUAAGACCACUGUGGAAGAAUAUGCUUCACAUGGAAGGAUCAUCAGAAAACAUCUUUUAGGCUUAGAUUUAUGUAGGCAUACUUCAUCUAGAAAUAGUUUCACUGUUCCGGACCGAAGGCCUAGUUUAUGUCUUAACAGUACUCAGUUACGUGCCUAUAGUUCUGAAAGUGAUGGAAGAAAUGCAAGUGAGGAUAAACAUGUAAAUGUUAAUGAUGGAGCUAACUUUGAUAAAGGACAGAAACAACAAGAGAAGUUUGGGAAAGAUGUCAAGUACAGCAAUGCACAUGCACGACUUGGAGAACAGGAACAAGAGGAAUGGCUUAAUAAUGAGAAGCUUUCUAUAGAAAGUAAAAGGAGAGAAUCACCAUUUUUGACAACAAGGGAUAAGUUUAAAAAAGAGUUUAUGAGAAGAAUUAUUCCUUGGGAGAAGAUAAACAUUUCCUGGGACACAUUUCCUUAUCACAUUCAUGAGAAUACCAAAAAUCUUCUGGUGGAAUGUGCUGCUUCCCAUUUGAGACAUAAUAAGCUUGCUUCAUCUUUUGGCAGUCGCCUCACAUCUUCAAGUGGGAGAAUAUUGCUUCAGAGCAUUCCUGGAACUGAGCUGUAUCGUGAGAGAUUGGUUAGGGCUCUUGCACAAGAUUUACAAGUUCCUCUGUUAGUGCUUGAUAACAGCAUUCUUGCUCCUUAUGAUAUUGAUGAUGAUUUAUCAUCAGAUUACGAGUCUGACGAGGAUAAUGCAGAGUCUGGGGAGGAGGGUUCUUUGGAAUCAGAGAAUGAGGAUGAUAAUGAUGCUACAAAUGAAGAAGAGUGGGCUAGCAGUACCGAGACCAAGUCAGAUGCAAGUGAUAAUGAAGAUGCAAUAGCGGCUGCUGAAGCACACCUUAAGAAGGUUAAAGCAGCUGUUAUUCGGAAACUUGUUCCUUACAAUGUUGGAGAAUUUGAAAAGAUAGUGUCUGGUGAAUCUGAGAAUUCUGAGUCAUCUAAGUCUAAUGAUGCCAAAUCUUCUGAUCAAUCUGGAUGCCAGCUAAGAAAAGGUGACCGUGUGAAGUACAUUGGGCCAUCUGUUAAAGUUAGAGACGAGGAUAGGAUCAUACUGGGGAAGAUACCGAUAUCUGAUGGUACAACUAAUGCUUAUACUAUUAUACAUGGCAGGUGGGUUGGAGAAGGAAGGAGGCUAAGGUAUUGUGAGUUGUGCUCUCUACGAGGGCCUUUAACUAAAGGUCAGAGAGGAGAGGUAUAUGAGGUUAAUGGAGAUCGAGUUGCUGUCAUCUUGGAUAUUAAUGAAGAUAGGGUCAAUGAGGGCGAGGUGGAGAACCUUAAUGAGGAUCAUACAAAACCCCCAAUUUAUUGGAUACAUGUUAAGGACAUUGAGAAUGAUCUUGAUGCUCAAUCACAUGAUUGCUACAUAGCAGUGGAGGCUUUAUGUGAGGUUUUGCAUCGCAAACAACCUCUUAUUGUCUAUUUUCCGGACAGUUCACAAUGGUUACAUAAAGCUGUUCCUAAGUCAAACCGAAAUGAGUUUUUUCAUAAGGUUGAAGAGAUGUUUGACCGGUUAUCUGGCCCUAUAGUGUUCAUUUGUGGGCAAAACAAAAUUCAGUCAGGAUCAAAGGAGAAAGAAGAAUUCACAAUGAUACUUCCGAACUUUGGACGUGUUGCUAAGCUGCCUCUUUCUCUGAAGCAUUUAACUGAGGGAAUUAAAGGGGACAAGACAUCAGAAGAUGAUGAAAUUAACAAGCUCUUCUCCAAUGUUUUGAGUAUACUUCCACCUAAGGAUGAGAAUCUGCUGGCAACAUUCAAGAAACAACUUGAGGAAGAUAAGAAAAUUGUGACUUCACGUAGUAAUUUGAAUGCAUUACGGAAGGUUCUCGAAGAACAUCAGCUAUCCUGCAUGGACCUUUUGCUUGUAAAUACUGAUAGCAUCAUUUUGACAAAGCAUAAAGCUGAAAAAGUGGUAGGCUGGGCAAAAAAUCAUUACUUGUCAUCAUGCUUGCUUCCUUCUAUUAAAGGAGAAAGAUUGUACCUACCUCGUGAAAGUCUGGAAAUUGCAGUCUCAAGAUUGAAGGGCCAGGAAACUAUGUCACGGAAGCCUUCUCAAAGCCUCAAGAACCUUGCAAAGGAUGAGUUUGAGAGCAAUUUCAUUUCAGCUGUAGUACCUCCUGGUGAAAUUGGGGUGAAAUUUGAUGACAUAGGUGCUCUUGAAGAUGUGAAAAAGGCACUUAAUGAACUCGUUAUUCUUCCAAUGAGAAGGCCAGAGCUUUUCUCUCGUGGAAAUCUGUUGCGGCCCUGUAAAGGAAUUUUACUUUUUGGUCCUCCUGGCACUGGGAAAACCCUUCUGGCCAAGGCACUUGCAACUGAAGCUGGUGCAAAUUUUAUCAGCAUAACUGGUUCGACCCUUACUUCAAAGUGGUUCGGAGAUGCUGAAAAACUAACCAAAGCUCUUUUCUCAUUUGCCAGCAAGCUUGCUCCUGUCAUUGUAUUUGUCGAUGAGGUUGACAGUUUGCUUGGUGCUCGAGGUGGUGCUUUUGAGCAUGAGGCCACUAGAAGAAUGAGGAACGAGUUUAUGGCAGCUUGGGAUGGAUUGAGGUCAAAAGAAAACCAAAGAAUCCUUAUUCUAGGUGCAACAAACCGGCCAUUUGACCUUGAUGAUGCUGUUAUUCGUCGCUUACCAAGAAGGAUAUAUGUUGAUUUACCGGAUGCUGAAAACCGAAUGAAGAUUUUAAGAAUCUUUCUUGCACAAGAAAAUUUGAAUUUUGAUUUUCAGUUUGACAAACUUGCAAACUUCACUGAUGGAUACUCUGGCAGUGAUUUGAAGAACCUCUGUAUUGCUGCGGCAUAUAGACCUGUUCAAGAACUCUUAGAGGAAGAAAAGAAGAGAGCCAGUAAUGAUACAACUUCGGUACUAAGGCCUCUUAAUUUGGAUGAUUUUAUUCAGGCAAAAUCCAAGGUGGGUCCAUCAGUUGCGUAUGAUGCAACAAGCAUGAAUGAGUUGAGGAAGUGGAACGAAAUGUACGGAGAAGGAGGUAGUAGAACAAAAGCGCCAUUUGGAUUUGGGACCUGAUUUUGAUGGUUUCAUCACUAACUUAUCACCAAUGCUUCUUAGCAAAACAAUUUACCGGACGUGGCAAAGAGCUCUAGAUAGAUAUCACCUUAUACUUUUCAUCGGCUUCUGCUUUUGCCAAAUCAUUCGGUGUCCUCAUUUGGUAUAAUUUUCGGUACAAGCAUUCUUCCCAAAUUUAUUCAUACGAAUUGGUUCUGUUUAGGAGGAGCCUGUGUUUCAAGCUCCAUUUUGAGCUGAUAUAAGAGUAAUUCAGUUUAAUGUGUUGUAAUGAAAUGUAGGUAGCCUCUAAUUUUGUCUAGGGAAUCUUAUAUGUUUUAACAAUAUGGGUAAUUUCCCCAAUUAUAUUAUUUUUUUCAGCAGUGUUUAAUAAUUAAAUAUCAUCUCAUGUAUUGUUUUAA